CCGCCACACCGGUCUGUAAAGACAGUCGACGCAAUCCCCUUCCGCUGUCACUUGCAUCAUGCCCAUCUCUCACGUCAGCUCGUUCUCCAUGAAACCUUCCUUGUCUAGCAGCAACUCCUGUGACCCAGUCCGCAAUGACAGACGUAUAAAAUGCUAGGACAAUCCAUGUCUGCCUCGAUCGUCUUGCUCGACUUCCUGCUCUCAAUAUCGUCAUUUCCGUAUCUGUCAUGUCGCUUCUCUCCUUCUCACCAAGCGUGCUAGCGCUCGCUGCCUUUUGCUUGACUCUGAUUUAUGUCAUCUAUCGCGCUGCCUUGCCCCGUCCUAUUCCAGGUAUACCAUAUAACAAGGACGCCGCAAAGCAUAUCAUGGGCGAUGUCCCCGAGUUCCUGAAAUACGUCAAAGACAAUCAGGGUGAAGCUUUGAACUGGUGGCAUCGACAGAUCGAAAAACAUGACUCUCCAAUCAUCCAGCUGUUCUUACGUCCUUUCGCUUCUCCACUCGUCAUUGUGGCCGACUUCCGCGAGGCACAAGAUGUCCUGCUUCGCAGGCACAAGGACUUUGACCGUAGCGACGCCUUCGAGGAUAUAUUCAGUGGUACCCUUCCGUAUCAUCACAUUGGCCAGAAAACGACCGACAAGAUCAAGGCUCAGAAACGUCUUCUAUCCGCUACUAUGAUGCCGCCCUUCUUGAACGAGGUUGCCACUCCUCGUAUCCUUGAAGCAACUAUGGACCUCGUACGGCUGUGGAAUCUAAAAGCGGACCUUGCCGAGAGUCACCCCUUUGAAGCUCACGAAGACAUUGCGCACACCACUCUCGAUGCUAUCUGGGUGGUCGCACUAGGUUCGUCAGCCAAAACAAUCGACAGCCAGGCGAAUAUGUUGGAGACAGUGUCGAAACUGGAUCUUCCACAGAACAGGGACGAGUCCGUUGAGUUUCCGCAAGCGCCCCAUCCUCCGGCGUUUGAUGCCAUAUUGACAUUGACAAACUCUAUGGAACCUUUGAUCUCCCACCCGUUCCCGAAAACAUAUCAUUGGUUCUUGCGACAGGGUAAGUCAUACAAAAAUGCCAAGCGAUACAAAGAUCAGGAGAUAGAAACCAUGAUGAAGGAAGCGCUGGAUAAAUUCUCCGGCCAGCGGGUCGAUGCUCUUGAAACACAAGGUAAAGAUCGAUCGGCUAUUGACCAUAUGAUUCGACGUGAACUUCUGCUGUCUAAAAAGGAAGACAGAGAACCUCAGUUCAAUACUCGCGAGGCAAAAGACGAAAUCUUUGGGUUCCUCAUUGCAGGCUACGAGACCACGUCAACCACCGUCUCGUGGGGAGUGAAGCUUAUAAGUGACAACCAACAAUCGCAGUCCAGACUGCGCGAAGUCCUACGUUCAACAUAUGCUGAUGCAAGUGCGGAGAGAAGACAACCCACCGCAAAAGAAAUCGCAACACUGCAUCACCCUUUCAUCGACGCCAUGCUAGAAGAAAUAUUGCGUUGCGGCCAGACUGCUGCUGUAUUGAGCCGCAUUGCAACAGCUGAUACUGAGAUUUUUGGCAUCCACAUUCCCAAGGGUGUCGAUGUGAACUUCUUGUCUUAUGCUGGCUAUGUUGCACCACCUGUCGGCACCGUGGAAGAACAUAAACGCAGUGCCAGCAGCCAGGCAUCUAAGGACAAGACCGGUGUUUGGGACAAUAAUGACAUCAGCGUAUUCAAACCAGAGCGCUGGCUGAGAACAGAUGAAAAAGGCGAGGUGGAGUUCGUGAAGAACGCAGGUCCAACCCUUCAAUUUGGCGCUGGAGUGCGCGGUUGCUUUGGACGGAAAUUAGCGUACAUCGAGCUUCGUAUGCUAGUCGUGUUCAUCGUUUGGAACUUUGAGCUGCUUCAAGUGCCCGAGGAGUUAGGGACUUACCGAGCGGUGGACAGAAUCACUCACCAGCCCCAAAAAUGUUACCUUCGUUUGAAGAAGGCAGGUUGGUAGAGACUAAGAUCAUCAAAGGUCUUGGCAGCCAUCUUUGAGAGAGAUAGAGAAAUAUCCAGCGUUCGAUGACUCAGACGAGCUCAAUUCUGUUACCUAUAACAGCCAUGACCACACUCUCAAAUUUAUUCUCUCCCUUUCUCGUCCCACGCUUCGCACACUCCAAGAUUUGAGUUUCACAACCGACAUCGACUCCCAACAAUAUAUUCAUCAAACAUGGCUUCGAACCUUAUGUCGCUGCCUCUCGAGGUCAAGGAUCAAAUCUACGGCUAUGUUCUCUCAGACGAUCACGACAUCUUCGCCCACGGCGUCCCAGCACUCCUAAAA